AUGUCCAUUUGUGGUGUUGCCAUGGCGCAGCAGGUCAGCAGUCCACCCAUGCUGAGACCCUUCUUCCUGAAGACCCCCAGCAGCAUGGAGAGCCCUCGCAGGCAGCGGCGGCACACACUGCCUGCCAGUGAGUUCCGCAACCUCACUCCACAGGAUGCCAUCAGCGUGUUCGAGAUUGAGAGGGAAGCCUUUGUGUCUGUGUCAGGCGAGUGUCCUUUGACCCUUGACGAGGUGCUCAGCUUCCUUGGCCAGUGCCCGGAGCUAUCACUGGGCUGGUUUGAAGAAGGCCAACUGGUGGCCUUCAUCAUCGGAUCAGGAUGGAACAAGGAGAGACUGGCUCAGGAAGCCAUGACCACGCACGUUGCAGAUACGCCCACGGUGCACAUACAUGUGCUUUCAGUGCACCGCCACUGCCGGCAGCAGGGUAAGGGUUCGAUCCUGCUGUGGCGCUAUCUGCAGUAUCUGCGCUGCCUGCCGGGUUUGCGCCGUGCCCUGCUCGUCUGUGAGGAGUUCCUGGUGCCCUUCUACCGCAAGGCUGGCUUCCAGGAGAGGGGGCCGUCCGCCAUCACUGUGGCGGCCCUUAGCUUUGUAGAGAUGGAGUGCCAACUGAGGGGUGCGGCAUACGCGCGGCGCAACAGUGGCUGUUAG